GCGUGCUCAGUGCGCAGGCGCUCUGAGAGGAGACUGGGGGUUUCCGGUUCCGCCGUCCUCUUUCUCUUCAACGAGGCGGCCGAGCAGACGCCGACAUGCAGAUCUUUGUGAAGACCCUGACGGGCAAGACCAUCACUCUUGAGGUCGAGCCCAGUGACACCAUCGAGAAUGUCAAGGCCAAGAUCCAGGACAAGGAAGGCAUCCCACCAGACCAGCAGAGGCUGAUCUUUGCCGGCAAGCAGCUGGAGGAUGGCCGCACCCUGUCGGACUACAACAUCCAGAAAGAGUCCACCCUGCACCUGGUGCUGCGCCUGCGUGGUGGCAUCAUCGAGCCGUCCCUUCGUCAGCUCGCCCAGAAGUACAACUGUGACAAGAUGAUCUGCCGCAAGUGCUAUGCACGCCUGCACCCCCGUGCGGUCAACUGCCGCAAGAAGAAGUGCGGCCACACCAACAACCUGCGCCCCAAGAAGAAGGUCAAAUAAAGCUGGGGCCGUACCUGGCCCAUGACCCCGGGACCAAAUAAAGUCCCCUUCCAUCGACUGGAGCAGUAA